AUGUCCCACCAUAGUGGCCCCUCGAGCUGGUUGUACAUCACCUCCCUUGCCGGCCGCCCUCGUUCCUCUGAGCAUCAUGCCUGGCAUCGUGGGCAGGCCCAGCUGGCUAAAACCAUCCGCUCGCACUGCAGGCCAGCUCCCUCACGGGACAUGCUCCUAGCGUCGCCGCCGCUUCCACUCUUCAACGGCUUGCCAACCAUCUAUCACUUCGACAACCACGACAACCUGCCGGUCCGGACAGGCCCAGCUGGCUAA